UUACCAAUUACCAAGACAAGCUUGGUCUGUUCAGUCGAGGGGACUACUUGUCCUACACCAAAGAACCUGAACCCAAUUUGAUGUAUGGCCUUGGAGACAUGACUUUGACCGGAGCUGAGUGACCCCAGAAGCCUUAACGUUUCGGGAAACUGAACAAGAGGAUGAGGGACCCCUGAGAGAAUGGAAGUGUCAGAUCCAUGCAAGUACUUGGGACAUGCAUAGCGCACUUGGUGGUGUUUCAUGUUUCAUAUUUGGGCCCUACCAUUUCAUGCUGCUUCCCUGUUUAGCAGCCAAAUUAAUUAGACUUCCACAGUUUGAUAUGGAUGAUCAAUGCUUCUGGAGCGGCUCUUCUUCAGGGGCUUUCUCCACAUUCUCUUCUUGGAAUGAAAUUAGAAGACGGAACCCGAAGGUUCCUUGGUUCCCCCUUGUUUGGAGCAAGGCACUGCAGCUGCGACAAUUUGUAUUUGGUUGGCGAUUGAUGCACAAAAAGAUUCCCACAGAUGAUAUCAUUUCUCACAAAGGUAUUCCCUUGGUCUCAAAAUGUAAUCUCUGUGGUUUGGAUGUAGAAUCGUUUAACCAUAUUUUUAUAAGUUGCAGCUUCUCUGUGGCCCUUUGGAAGCAGUUUAUGGACUGCUUUGGUAUCUUGUGGCUAGACCCUAGUGAUCUCCAUCAAUUAUCUUUAUGGUCGAUUAGAAAAAGAAGAAUUCUAUCUGUUAAAGACCCUUGGUCUGUGGGUUUUGUUGUGGUAGCUGAUAAUAUAUGGAGGGAGAGGAAUGAGAGGCGUCAUGAUGGCCCUUCAAGGUCUGUUUCCCAUGUUUUUGAAAAAAUAAAAUGUGAUGUUCAAGAUGGAAAAUUUAACCUCCAGGGAAUGAUAAAAUAGACUAUUGACCUCCUUUGUUGUCACCAACUUGGGCUAAAUGCUCUUCCAAAUAAAGACAUCCCCAUGCUUGAAGUGAUUUGGUGUAAGCCAAUGCGGGGCUGGACCAAGCUGAAUGUAGACGGAUGCUCUCUUGGGAAUCCAGGACGAGCUGGUGCAGGAGUGCUAAGAGAUCACAGGGGAAGCACUGUGGGAAGCUUUAAAAAAAUUUUGGGAGUUCAAUCACAUUAUUAUGCGGAAUUCAUAGCUCUUCUUGAAGGCAUUCUGUUGGCAAAAGGGAAGAAUGUGAAUUGCCUUUGGAUUGAUUCAAGACUCAACAACAGUUGUUUUGGUAGUGCAAGCUCGCUCUAUCCCAUGAUAUGUUUUUCAGGACUGGAUCUCAUGUCAUGAAUAUUUAGACUCCAUUAGCUGGAAGAUUACUCAUUGUUUCAGCAAAGCAAAUGUAAUAGUGGAUUACCUAGCCAGAGAAGCAACAAAGUUAGGAGUUUCUAGCUUUCAUGCCACUUUCCCUGCUCAUAUUAGAUCAGAGAUAGCUAUUGACGUGGAUUCUAGACCCAAGUUCCGAUUAAUGUAUUUGUAGAUUUUUCUUCCCCAGAUAAUGGCCAUGCCAAAGGUGGGGGUUUUUAAAUCUUUGAGUUGUAUUCCCUUCUUUUCUUCUUUUUUAAUAAAAUUUCUUGAAUCUUUAGCGAAAAAAAAAUAGUAUUGUUGCUAUCAUUUUACUUACUUUCUUAUACAUAAAAGUAAGAUUUGUUUAAAAAAAAAUUGUUUAUUUUUAUUAGACUCAUUAUUAGAGGUAGUUUUUUUUUUUUCUUACCAAAAAUAGAGGUAGUUUUUCCCCCUUUUUCGCUUUACUUAAUCCACAUAUACUUUCUUCACUUGACUUCUGUACACUUGUGACUAAGCAGACUUGGGCAUAACCAUUAGUUAACCAAUAAUUAGAAUAUUUACGAUUGUGAAAAUAGCUUCAUGUUUAGUUACUAAGAAGUGAUUUCAUUUGAAUAAAUUCAUUAUUUGAUUCAGAAAAGGAAAAACGGAAAAACAAUGGUAUGUACAUAUAUAUAGAUUUUGUAUUAAUCUUACAUUAUUCUGGUGGCAUAGGAUCAUUCCUAUUUUCUUCUUUUUUUAUUCUAUAUAUAUAUUUAUUUAUUUGAAAAUUAAAAUUUUUUUUUGGCAAGGUUUUGGUCUAUUUUCAAUCAUUUUUAUCAUCAAUAAAUUUAAGGAAUUUAUAAAAUAGUUUUGAUCCUACAUUUUUUUUUUUAAAACUUUUGGUGCAAUAAUCUUGAAAAAUCUCAUUUUUAAAAACUUGCAUCGUUUAUCUAAGCCAAAUGACCACCAGUCAUAAUGUGCAAAGUAGUGCCAAAGGUUUUCCCAAGUUUGUCAUAUCUUAUUCCUAGUUUAGAAAGUGUGCAAAGUCAUGCACCAAAUGAGAUUACCAAUCCUAAUCCAACAAAUAUAAAUAGAUAAAUGAAUAAAGGAUGCACCUUGUUGUCAUAUUCCCAAAAUUUAUUUAACUUAGUGGUAAAAAA